AUGACGACCUUUGCCAGUGUUGGAGAGGCAUUGGCCGAAACAUCGAACUCCUUUAUUGAACUUUCUAGCGUUACCUCCAUUACUUCAACGAAUACUUCGAGCUCUGCUGCUGCCACCGCCGCAUCAACAGUCGCCUCUGUCUUUCUCAUAUCCUCUCCUGUUUUGGGCGGGGGAAGUGGAAAUGGGAGCACCUCAAAUGAUUUCUUCAAUUAUAGUAGCAUCACUACUACCACUGAAGUUGACAGUGACGAGAACAGCUGGUUCAGCAGUCCCAUCGUCUCCAUGUACAUCGUCAUGGUGGUCAGCUGUCUCUUCUACAGCACCGCCUUCAUCCUCGGAGCCCUAGGCAACGGCCUGAUCAUCUACAUUGUGUGUAAGUACACUCGAAUGCGCAGCCUGUGCAAUGUUUUCCUCGCCUCGCUGGCCACCGCCGACUUUCUGCUCGUCUGCGUGUGCAUUCCCGUGAAGAUGGUCCAGCUGGUGACCUACACCUGGACGCUGGGCGACCUCACCUGUCGACUGCUGCACUACGUCCAGAAUGUCAGCGUCUUCUGCUCCGUCCUCACGCUGACGACGAUGAGCGUCGAGAGAUACUGGGCCAUUCUGCAUCCAGUGGAGUGUCGGACCACCUUUUCAAUGCACCACAUUCAGAAGAUUAUCAUCGUCAUUUGGGUGGCGGCGCUGAUCCUCGCCGCGCCGACCUUCUUCAUCUUUGUGCAGAUACCGAUCGGCGCCGUGGAGUACGGCUUCAAGCAGCCCUACUGGUACUGCGUGAAGAAGAGCCGCGACCAGGCGAUGUGGAUGGCGAUGGACGGCGAGAGUGCCGAGCGCUGGGAGCUCCUGCGCCGCCUCUACGAGCUCUACAUGUUUGUGCUCAUCCUCGUCCUGCCGGUGCUCAUCAUGACCUUCACCUACUGUCGCAUCUGCACGCACCUCUGGAGCAUCAUCAGCCGGCGGACGGCCAUUCGCUACGGGCACAGCUGUCAUGCAAUGAACACUGAGGUGAAGAAGGCGGUCAAGACGCCGGUUAAGGUGGUCGCCACGGUGGUCAGUCCUAAUGGUGGCAAUGUCGGUGGUGGUGGUGGAGGGGGCGUCGUCACCACCACCGAAGUCGUGGUCACCACCCCCAAGUCCUCCUCUUCCGUUUCCUCUUCCUACGCCUCUGCUUCAACGACGACCACUGCCUCCUCGACGACCACUGUCUGCUCGUCUUCGACCUCGGCAUCCACUGCUCAGCUGCACCAGGACUGCCGCCGCAGCAUGGAGGAGGACAACGCCACGGUGAAGCAGGUCAUCAAGAUGCUCGUGGCCGUCGUCGUUCUCUUUGUCCUCUGCUGGGCACCCCUGUUGCUGAUGAAUGUGCUGCGGGCUUUUGAGCUAGUCGAUGACCUGAACCACGGAUGGCUGAAGCAUGUGGUGCCCUUGGCGUACCUGCUCGCCUACCUCAACUCGGUUAUCAACCCCUUUAUCUACGGCUUCAUGUCGAAAAACUUUCGCCUGUACUUUAAGACGGUCCUCGGGCAGCUGCUGAGCAGUCGGCUCGUUUUUUGGGGCCGUCGUUUCGGGCGUGACGGUUCGGGCACUGAAGCUGGGGUUUAUGGCAGCACCAAGUCGGACGCCUCCAAUAGAGCGAAUGGCGGUGGAAAUCACAACAGGGGAGCUCACUUUACUUUUUAA